AUGUCUCACUGCAGCCCGUCGCCCGUCCCGUCGCACUGCCGCCUGUCGCCAGAUCCCCGCCACCCGUACGCACUCCGCUGCCCGUCGCCAGGUCCCCGCCCGCCCUCCCAUCGACUUUGCAACUGCUGUGAAGGGAGAGGCGGGAGUGGAGAGAGUGGUGGGAGUGGCGGGAGAAGCUGCUGCUACGCCAUUGCACGCGCCAGAACCGAGAAGGGGAGGAGGUGUGGUGUUGGCCCGGAGGGGACGGCUGGGGGAGGGGGAGUGGCGGGGUUGGCGGCUCAUUCUCACCCGUGCUGUCCGUACCCGGUGCCCCCCAUGUUCCUGUGCUGCCCCCCGUGUUCCCGUGCUGCCCCGCUCUCCCUGUGCUGCCCCGUUCUGCCUAUGUUGUGCCCGUUCCCGUGCCGUGUUGCCCCGUUCAGCCCUUAUCCUGCCCCGUUCUUCCUGUGCAGCCCCGUUGUCCCCCCCGUGUCCUGCCCCGUUCUGCCCGUGUUGCCCCAUUCAGCCCGCGUCCUGCCCCGUUCUGCCCGUUUGUGCCCUACCCGUGCUGUCCGUACCCAUUUGUGCCCCACCCGUGCUAUCAGUUCUCGCUCGUGCCCCACCCGGUCUGUGCUGCCCGAUCUCGUGCUGCCCGUCACCCCCGUGCGGCCCGUCCCGUACAGCACCUAG